CCUAACCUCGACGGCUACUACCGAUUCGACGUCCGCAUCGGCAAAGACGCAACUCACACCGGCACACUCCGCAAAGGCCGCAUGUUCAAGCGCAUGUACUCAGCCUUGAAGGCCUGCGGCAUCGCCCACAAAAAUCCCUCAAUCCCCGGUUUCUGCAGCGACGACCGCCCAGAAUGUCCCGACCAUUGCCGUAUCGAGCAAAUCGUCUACUCCAAAAACGGCGAAUGGGCGACAGACUCGCACGUUGCACUCAAGGUCAAGUUCUCGUACUUUGACAUCAAGCAUCACCCAAAGAUCCAGGAUCUCGGGUUCCGCAUCGUCGCCCGCGUCUUCGAACUCAUGACUAUGCAGGGUAACAAUUGCCUUUUCCACGACUUCCCGUGGUCACGACGGACAUUACUGUGCAGCGUAGCCGACAAGGUGGAGCUCGCUUUCCCCAUCAACGGCGGUCUGAUCCAGGGCGUCCUCAACGUCGAGCUUAUAUGGAGCAAGAAGACGGGGAAAAACACUUUCACGUGUCAGGGCAACACUGAGGGUGACGUCGACGCCAUGAUGUGGACCGACUUCCGCGACCCCCUUUCUGAGGCCAUGGCCUGGCCCGCGAAGCAGAUCCUGCCCUUUGUCUUCUGUGCAGAGGAUAAUUGCUUUAAGCAGGACCUCAAGAUUGGCGAGCCGUGGCAUGAGGGCAAGGGAUGCAAGACUCUGGACUGGCCGGUUGGAUGUGAUCCGGAUCUCACGGGGCCAUCUAACCCAAAGCUCAAUUGCCCACCACCAAGACGCCAGUAA